GAGAGGGUGAGAGUAUUUGUCAUGCUCUGUUGUAGAGAGAGAGCCUCUGCUUUUUCUAGAGAGAGAGACAGGGACUCAACAAAUGGCGCCCAGAGGGAGAACUCGAAAGCCGGGUCUGACGAGAAUGGACGCAGCAAUUGAUCAAUUGGUACCCUAUGGGUUUACCAGGAACCAGGUUAGGAGAACCGUCAAUCAACUUCUUAAGGUAUACGGUGGAGAUGAUGGGUGGCCUUUUAUCGAAGCUAAUGCGUACAUUCUGGUCAUUGAAACGAUUCUUUCUAAUCAAGAAGAGGAAGUACAAGGAGAUAAAUCCAAUGGAGAGGAAAUCAUGUUGUUGGAUGAGCCAUUGCAGGUUGAACGAGCUGGAGACUGUUCUGAAGCAGCUGAUGCUGGGCCUUCAAGUCAAAUUCUUGCAUCUACAUCCUCUGAGGUUGCAGAUGCUGCUGCACCUAUCAGUCAAGUUCUUGCACUUACAUGCUCUGAGGUUGUAGAUGCUGCUGCACAGACUACUGAAACCGGUAAACCUUUUCCCCUUACUAUCUCAUUUUCAGUUUUCAAUGGUGUUAGAUUUUUAUGUGCAAGAAAAUUAGCUGCUGACAUUUUUGGAUGAGCAAUGCAAGUCAAUCGAACUGGGUAAAAAGCAAAAAUCAUUUUUCCGUCUAAAAAUUAUGAGUAAGCUGAACAAUGUUUAGGAAUGGUGCAUACUAUGAACUUUCACGUUUCUUUACAUUCUGACAUAACUCAUAAAAAGAUGUGCAUUUUGGAGUAAAAAAGCUCCAUUACUUUCCUCAUUA